AAAGUUUUAGUAAGUUGGUAGCACUGUUUUCGGAAAGGAAGUUCGACAGUGCUCGUUUCAAGACAUCCUUUUUGUUAGAACCGUGUGGUAAGAGAACAAAAUGGGUCGUUAUUCUUACGAACCAUUAAAUGCUACGAAAUCGUGCAAAGCACGAGGUUCUAACCUCCGUGUGCACUUUAAGAACACUCAUGAAACAGCACGAGCUAUUAAAAACAUGGCUCUCCGUAGAGCUCAAAAAUAUUUGAAGAAUGUGAUUGAACAUAAAGAGUGUGUUCCUUUCAGAAGGUUCAAUGGUGGAGUAGGCCGAUGUGCUCAAGCUAAACAAUUUGGCACAACUCAAGGACGUUGGCCCAAGAAAUCAGCAGAAUUCUUGCUUCAACUUUUAAAGAAUGCCGAAAGUAAUGCUGAUUACAGAGGAUUGGAUGUUGAACGUCUUGUUAUCGAUCACAUUCAGGUUAAUCAUGCACCAUGUCUACGUAGGAGAACUUAUCGUGCCCAUGGUCGUAUUAAUCCUUACAUGAGCUCACCAUCCCAUAUAGAAGUCAUAUUGACUGAAAAGGAAGAUAUUGUUUCGAAAGCUACAGAAGAAGAGCCUUCGAAGAAAAAAUUGAGCAAGAAGAAGCUUGCUAGACAAAAAGAAAAGAUGAUGAGGGAGUAAUUUUUAUUCAU